AUGCUGCUGCUGCUGCUGCUGCUGCUGCUGCUGCUGGUGUUUGCCGCCGGGUAUCUUUUCUCUAACAAUCGUGACAAGAAUGUUGCCCACCUAGGUAUAUUUGUUACAAUAAGAGCAGUAUGGGGCAUGCACCUCAUUGAAUUCCUACCUCAGCAAUUCAAUCCGGCUGCAUUCCAGUGCAUUCUUCACUCGUUCAUGCCGAUAUAUAUAAUCGUGAUGGUCACAUACCGUGCGCGUAUGAGUGGUGGUGAAAUGAGUGAAACCCUCCGCCGCGUCGAGCUUGACACCGCAACACCUCGUCAUCGUCACAACAACAAACACAUCGAAUUUGUAGACCAAAAGUCUUGGACAAUUGGGACAUCACAACGACACCAAAGCCGAGGAGAGAUCCUUCCAACACAUAUACCUCGCUACAUACACAGACGGUGCUCACCCACUGCCGUUUCCACCCGAAGCAAACCAAUUGUUGACCCGGGCGUCCUUCGAAAUGGCCGAGUCAAGCGAACAAAUCAAACAGGAUGGUACGUGAGAGGUCGCAGACGGCAGCAUGUCGCCUUGGAAUCGGUCGGAUCAAGUGUAUAUCAUUCUGACCAUGAUGGCCAAUCAAAGCGCCGACGUCCGAUCAGAAGAGCGCCGCAGGAGCCACGGACGAGUUAUGGAUGCCCGAAACCGGUACGUCCCCCUCUAUCCAAUCACCUCACGAUCGGCGCGCGAGAGCAUCCUCGCCAUGAAGGCGCUCGAUCGCUCGGGGGAACCACCAAAACGAGACUUCGACCCAGCAGCAAACAUCCCAUCUCCCAACCCGCACCCUUGACCCUGAAGCUCCGAGGAGUCCCCGAACCAGCUCGACUGACCACCGACACGCACACAGUGCUCCGCACCCUGCCCGUGCGACCCGCGACCGGGACCAGCAGCCCGCUCCCCUUCCUGCACCUGCUCGGCCGGCUGAAGACGAACAAGCGCGAGGGGUGGCGGCGGUUCGGGAUCACGGACGGCGAGUCGAUCGCCGACCACAUGUACCGGAUGUCGAUCAUCACGCUGCUCUGCCCGCCCGCGCUCGCCGCCCGCCUGGACCUGGGCCGCUGCACGCGCAUGGCGCUGGUCCACGACAUGGCCGAGAGCCUGGUCGGCGACAUCACGCCCGUGGACGGCGUGCCCAAGGCGGAGAAAUCCCGGCGCGAGGCCGCGACCAUGGACUACCUCUGCGGGGGGCUGCUGGGCGGGGUGGGCGGCGGGAUCGCCGCUGAUGCUGCUGCUGGAGGCGCGUCGACGACGACGGACGCAGACGAGGACGGGGACCAGCGCGGCGGGCCGGGGCGGGCGAUCCGCGCGCUCUGGCAGGAGUACGAGGACUCGCGGACGCUGGAGGCCAAGUUCGUGCACGACGUCGACAAGCUGGAGCUGCUGCUGCAGAUGCUCGAGUACGAGCGCGCGCGGGCCGGCCGCGUGGACCUGUCCGAGUUCGGCUGGGUGGCGGCCAGGAUCGAGCUGCCGGAGGUCCGGGCCUGGGCGGACGAGCUGCUGGCCGACCGGGCGGUGUUCUGGGAGGGGCUGCGCAAGGACGGAGAGGAAGAGGCGGGGGGGGUGGUUGGCGGAGGUGGUGGAGGUGGUGGUGGUGGCGGCUCGUCGAGGCAGCGGUGAAGGGGAUGAGGGCCGAUCGGACGGUCGGGCGGAGAGCGGACGUCGCGGUGGAAGAAUCUAUGGAGAGAUUGUGAGAUUGAGAGGGAGGGCAUGUUUCCUUUUCUAUUAUUGCAUUGGAAUGGGAAUCCAUAGGGAGUCACCCUGGGAUUUCCGAAAUGGUAUCGCCCCAGUCAGGAGAGGCAGGGAGAGGCAGAGAGACGGAGGGUGUGCGCGCCUCUUCUUCUCUUUUCCCCCCAGAAUCAUCCAUGACCACGGCGGCGGACACACACACAUGUUGAUGGAUGAGGAAAUAUAUAUAUAUAUAUUUGUGUGUAUGAUAAUGCUGCUGCCAUGCUGCCACAAUGCCAUCCAGUCA